CGGGAUUUUUUUUUCCUUUUUCAAACCAAUGACUGUCACUGUUUCAAACUAAAGCGUCAUGGUUCACACCGCAACAGCUAAAUCCAUAAACUGCACCUGCCACGGAUGAAGCGAGCGGUAGCUACCGAGGGCGUGAACUAUCCUGACAGCUGAUACAAGCUCUUUGACCGCACUUGAAAGGUUGACUGAAGGAGCACGCAGAGGCAGAGCGGGGUCAGGAAACACGCACAGAGUAUCACUCACUGAAGCGAACACGCACAAGGAUGGCUAAGACAUUGUACGACCUCAAGGCCAACCUCCUAACAGGAGAAGCGUUUAAUUUCUCGUCCCUGCAGGGGAAAGUUGUCCUCAUCGAGAAUGUGGCGUCUCUCUGAGGUACGACCACCAGGGAUUACACCCAGAUGAACGAGCUCCACGACCGCUACGCCGGGAAGGGGCUCGUUAUCCUGGGAGUGCCCUGCAACCAGUUCGGCCAUCAGGAGAACUGUAAGAAUGAAGAAAUCCUCUUGUCCCUGAAGUACGUCCGUCCUGGAAAUGGCUUUGAGCCAAAGUUUCAGCUGCUGGAGAAGGUGGAUGUAAAUGGAAAGGAUGCCCAUCCCCUGUUUGUGUUCCUGAGAGAAAGUCUCCCGUCCCCUACCGAUGAGCCGUGCGCUUUUAUUACUGACCCCAAGUUAGUCAUCUGGAGCCCGAUCUGCAGGAACGAUGUGGCGUGGAACUUUGAGAAGUUCCUCAUCGGACCCGAUGGGGUGCCCUUCAAGCGUUACAGCAGGAGGUUCCUCACCAGUGACAUCGAGGGAGACAUCAAGAAGCUCCUCAACCAGGCAAACUAAUUUAACGGUCUUCCAGAAUAUCCCGUUCAACAACUUCCACUUGCACUAGAUGGUGUAUGAUACUUUUCUCAAUCGCCUGUGCUCACGUGUACACAAUUCGUUGUGUUCUGCUCUUUUACUAUAUGAAGGAAUCCUCUGAAACCAAGGGGGGGUAUCUGAUGAAAUGUAAAAGACUGAAUGUUUUCAGCUGCAUUGCGUGCACGUAAAGCACAGCUGUGGUUUGAUGUAUUAAAGAGGACCAAUAAAUGUAUUUUUCCAAACAUUU